GGAGAAAUCAGAAGAGAUCCCGCCGAAUCGAAUAGCGAGUUCGGAAACUCCGAGACCAGCCGAUUUCUUCGAAGUCGAAAUCCAUCGCCGCCCUUCUGCCCGAAGUUUGUGGCGGCGCAUGCUCUCUCCGUCGGUGAAAUACAAUUCCGUGAUCGUAUUUGAAACGAGUUCAGGUUUGCCGUGUUUGUUGUCUACUCGACGAAUUCCACAGUUCUGAAUCUGAACCUAGAUUCAGAGGUUCGUAGUUCUUCCUGCUUCCGAAAUAGGUUUUUUCGUGAUUUCGGACUGAGAGUUUGAGAUCUAAGACUUAGAUGAUGGCGAGCGAGGAUUGCCGAGUUUAUCACGAGAGGCAAAAGCUACAGUUCUGCCUCUUGCACGCACUCAAUAACCUGUUUCAGGAAAAUGAUGCAUUUACGCGAGCGCACUUAAAUGCAAUUUCUGAAAAGCUGGUGCUCGACGAGCCAAACAGAGAACCUUGGACGCCAUUAUCAUUUGUCUUUAAGCCUCAUCACAACUCAGUAACUGGAAACUAUGAUAUAAAUGUCCUAAUUUCAGCUCUUGAAGAGAAAGGGAAGAGUGUGGUGUGGCAUGACCAUCGGAAUGGAGCUUCUUCAAUCGAUUUGGAUGGACCUGAGGCUACUCAUAAACUUAUGGGAAUUGUGCUUAACGUCCCAGUUAGAAGGUUUGGUGGCAUUUGGAAAAGCAGGCACUGGGUUGCUCUGAGAAAGAUCAACGAAUUAUGGUAUAAUUUGGACAGUGAUCUGCAUACUCCUCAUACGUUUAAGGAUACUGACGAGGUAAGACAAUUUUUGGAUAAUGUGAUCAAUGACAAUGGGGAAAUUUUGCUUGUUAUGAAUGACAGGAACUUGGAUCCUGAAUUUGCUAAGCUGCUGGUAAAACUGCCAUCAGAUGGAAUGGCGCCAGAAAGUGAUAUAAGGCAAGAUUUUGACAUGCAACGAGCAUGCGGUCAUGGGCAACACACCUUAGACAAGCAUCGCCGUGACACUUGGUUACAGAGAGAUUUAAUGCACACAGGACACAACAGAGCCUUCUUGGGUUUGCUUAAGAACACGCUUUGGUUGGCAGCCUGCACUUUUCAGCAGUGUAGGAUUGAGAAAAGGAACAUGUCGAGCAACGCAACCAGGCGAAGCACAGGGUCGUUUAGAAAGUUGAGAUUUAAGUCGCUGAAAGGCCUGCAAUUCUCUCCGCUGAGCUUUUUGAAGCACCUGGCCAAUAAAGUGACCCGAGCUUGGCAUUUGAUGGCCAUGAAGAGAAGACCCCACCAUGAGCAACAACCUGUUCCGGCCAUGCCUGUCGCCACCUCGAAGCCACUGCCGGUGUCCGCCGUCGACUCACAUAGAACAGAGGCUGUGGAGGACUGCAUCAAGUACAUCAACUCUUCUUCCUCUUAGCUCCUCACACCAAUUCUUGGUAAGAUUUUCUCCACAAAAUGCUUAGUAUAUAUACCGUCUCUUUGUGGGUUUAAUUAAUGCCUGAUUUCAUCGUUGCUGAUCAUGAUGAAAUGCUGUUUCUUUGGUCUUCUUGAGAUUAAAAAUUAAGCCUUUCAUCUCUAUAUUCUUUCACAAA